CUGAUCUGGUUUGUUUGCCACAGUCAAAGUUAUUCUUUGAAGUACAUUUGACUAUUUCUUCACUUCUUAUUCCAGAGAAAUGUUCAGUAAUAAAUAACUGAGCUUGGUCCCUGACUCUUCACUCUUUGGGUGAUUUUGAUUCCUGACAACAUGGGGAUGAGGUGUCUUGAAUUAGUUCUUCUGCUUUGGGUUCCUGGACUGCUGCAAGCUCAAGGUCCACAGCCUUGCAGCACUCCGAGCCUGGAUGCAGGUUUUCUUCUCCCGGUGCAGGAAUCAUAUCCUCAUGGAACAAAGAUCAGUUAUUCCUGCAAUGAUGGAUACAAAGCAGAAGGAAGAGGCUGGUGGGGAACAAGCACAUGUUUCAAUGGUUUAUGGUUUGGUAUCCCAGUCUGUAUUAUAUAUCCUCCUACCUGCCACGAGCCUCCAAGAAUAUCCAAUGCCGCCAUAAUUAAUCAGGAUUUUCAGGACGUAUUUACUCAAGACACAGAAGUGGUGUAUCAGUGUAAGGAUGGAUAUACAACAAAGGAAGGAGCCACCAAGAAAUCUGUCUUCUGUAGAGCUGGAGUUUGGACAGACGUCCCAACAUGUGUUCCUGCCGCUUCAGCCUGUGUGUUGGAUCUGCAAAGACUGGAUAUUGGCGCAACUUCACAGAUCAGCAUAAAGGAUGGAGAGACAAAGGAGAUUGAUUGUACACUGUGGCAGGAUUACUCGAUGUUUGCUAGGUGCUCUAAUGGAAGAAUAGAAGCAACCAAGUGUUGCCACAUCACCUCCAUUAAGCGAAAUCAUUGCAGAUUUUCCGAAGCGCUGUAACAUUUCCUGGCUUUGGAUUCAUGCACCGCAAGCAGAGAAUGAAGUGACAUCAGAGAUAUUUCUGACAGAAACACCUGGAAGGAAACUUUUUCUUUUUUUAGUUAAAUUCUGUUGAUUGUUGGUUGACAGUAAAUAUAAAAUGCUUGACUUUGUCUAAAAUAAAAUAUUUCGACAGGA